GCUCCCCCCCCCACUAGUCUUCAAGCUUAUUCAUGCCGGAAGCAGAUCGACGAUAGAAACGCGGAGACGAAGAUCGAGUGAUGGAGGGACCUCCGGCCAACGAUGUCUGCUCUAUUUGCAUGGCAAGGUUCGAGGUUCCCUGUCAAGCAAACUGCUCUCACUGGUUCUGCGGGAAAUGCAUUAUGCAAUAUUGGCAACAUGGACCAACGUUUCUCCCAUGUAAAUGCCCACUAUGUCGUUGUCAGAUUACUUUGUUGGUUCCUGGUGAGGCUUCAUUAAGGGAGCGUCGUAACCCAGCUGUGGCUGAGGUUCUGGAAAAUAUUGAAAAGUAUAAUCGACUUUUUGGUGGACAAACCAGGGGUGUCCGUCAGAGAUUCCAAGACCUUCCUUUUCUGCUGCGGAGGUUGUUAAGGGAAAUGAUAACCCCCAGUAGAUCGCUUCCUUUUGUUAUCCAAGCACGUGUUUAUAUUGCAGUUAAGUCAAUUUAGCCUAUCUAUGAUCCUUAUCAUCUGAGCUACCUUAGCUGAAGAUGAUUCUGCUCAUACCUAAUUAUGAUUUUUGUAAGGCUUACAUUUUUUAAAUUUUUUAUGCAUUGUUAUAUAGUUUUAAAAAUUCAUGAUCUUAUACUUCUAUUUUUUUCACUUUUUCCAACUCCUCUUAAAAAUAUUAUUACUCUCUCUAGAAACCCCCUCCCUAAACAAAAAGAAAAGAAAGUCUCAUUCUCUUUCUUAUUCACAGAUGUUUCUAAGUGUUGCCUACGUAUUAAGCCCCAUAGACAUUAUCCCAGAAGGUACCAUUUUUAUCCUGCUUUUGUUCCAUUGAGUUAAACUGGUAAACCAUAUUGUUACUAACAUUGGUUAUAACAUUGUGGCUGUCAAAUCUCAGCAAUCUUGGGAAUAGUUGGUUUCCUGGAUGAUAUUCUUAUAGUACUCCUCUGUUUUCUCCACGUUGCUGCCCUCUAUCGGUCUGUGCUCUACUACCGUCAUGGAGGUUCAUGAAGUUUAACCUUUAAUGAAGCCAAGAACAAGAUAUGUUCUAUUUUCUAAUUUCCUCCUGGAGGAUGAACAUUAUUACUUGGUGCAAAGUAGCCUGCAAUUAUGUUUAAGCAAUCUGGAUUUUUUUUUUUUUUUGGGUUUGUCUAUAUUUGGGGUAAGUGGUUUGUGAGUGAAGAAAUGCUUUGCUUCUACAGCAAAAGAUGUUAAUUUUCAUGAAGAAUUAUGUUAAAAUGGUUUGAAAUUUUUGUACCAAUCGAACAGGAGAUUUAAUUUACAAAUCAAAUCUAAGGAACAAUGCUAUUCUA